AUGGAGCCUCGCUCUUACCUGUUGACCGUGGCUUUUCUGCCGCUCUUCCUGUCUGCCUGGUCGCCCCUGCAAAGGCAACCUAGCGCCGCAGCCGCGGCGGCGGCGGCGGCAGCGGCAGCGGCAGCCGCGGCGGGCUCUUCAUCUGCCAAGGAGCUCUCCUGCCAGGAGAUCACGGUGCCGCUGUGCAAAGGCAUCGGCUACAACUACACUUACAUGCCCAAUCAGUUCAACCACGAUACGCAGGACGAGGCGGGGCUGGAGGUCCACCAGUUCUGGCCCCUGGUGGAGAUCCAGUGUUCGGCGGACCUGCGCUUUUUCCUGUGCAGCAUGUACACGCCCAUCUGUCUGGAGAACUACAAGAAGCCGCUGCCGCCCUGCCGCAGCGUGUGCGAGCGGGCCAAGGCCGGCUGCGCGCCCCUCAUGCGCCAGUACGGCUUCGCCUGGCCGGACCGCAUGCGCUGCGACCGGCUGCCCGAGCAAGGCAACCCGGACAUGCUCUGUAUGGACUACAACCACACCGAUCUCGCGACCGCCGCGCCACAGCCGCAACCCAAGCCGCCGCACCGAAAGCCGGCGGGAGGCGGGACGGGCAGGGGCUCCGGGGCUGUGGUGCCGCCCCCGUCCGCCGCGGACCCCCCACUCCGCAAGAGCCGCCCUCCAACCCCCUGCGAGCCGGGCUGCCAGUGCCGGGCGCCGAUGGUGUCGGUGUCCAGCGAGCGCCACCCGCUUUACAACCGGGUCAAGACGGGUCAGAUCGCCAACUGCGCCCUGCCGUGCCACAACCCCUACUUCAGCCCGGACGAGCGCGCGUUCACCGCCUUUUGGAUCGGCCUAUGGUCCAUCCUGUGCUUCAUCUCCACCUUCGCCACCGUCUCCACUUUCCUCAUCGACAUGGAGCGUUUCAAGUACCCGGAGCGGCCCAUCAUCUUCCUGGCCGCCUGCUAUCUCUUCGUCUCGCUGGGCUAUUUGGUGCGCCUGGUCGCUGGCCACGAAAAAGUGGCUUGCAGCGGCGGAGCGGCAGCGGCUGCGGCGGCGGCGGCUGGAGCGGGAGCAGGACCCGCGGGGCCCGCUGGAGGCGCUGCUGGGGCGGCCGCUGCCGCGGUGGGCGGUCGCGGGGCAGCCGGCGGAGCUGCGGAGCUACAGCCUGACUUGGCGGUGGCUGAGCACGUGCGGUACGAGAGCACGGGUCCUGCUCUGUGCACCAUAGUCUUCCUUUUGGUCUACUUCUUUGGCAUGGCCAGCUCCAUCUGGUGGGUUAUCCUGUCCCUCACCUGGUUCCUGGCGGCGGGCAUGAAGUGGGGCAACGAGGCCAUCGCGAGCUAUGCUCAGUACUUCCACCUUGCGGCUUGGUUACUGCCCAGCAUCAAGUCUAUUGCCGUCCUGGCGCUCAGUUCUGUGGAUGGAGAUCCUGUGGCUGGAAUCUGCUACGUGGGCAACCAAAGCCUGGAGAACCUGCGAGGUUUUGUGCUGGCCCCUCUGCUUAUCUACCUGGCCAUUGGCUCCAUGUUCCUGCUGGCUGGGUUUGUCUCGCUCUUCCGGAUCCGGAGUGUCAUCAAGCAGCAAGGGGGCCCCACCAAGACGCACAAGCUGGAGAAGCUCAUGAUCCGCCUGGGCCUCUUCACCGUGCUUUAUACGGUGCCUGCUGCCAGCGUGGUGGCUUGCCUUUUCUACGAGCAGCACAAUCGCCCCCACUGGGAAGCCACCCACAACUGCCCCUGCCUGCGGGACCAACAGCCUGACCAGGCCCGCCGACCAGACUAUGCGGUCUUUAUGCUCAAGUACUUUAUGUGCCUGGUGGUGGGAAUCACCUCGGGAGUAUGGGUCUGGUCUGGAAAGACGCUGGAGUCCUGGAAGGCUCUCUGCACCCGCUGCUGCUGGGCCAGCAAAGGGACAGCAGUGGCUGUUGCAGGGAGUAUUGGAGCCAGGGCGGGAGGUGGCGGCAUAGGUUCUGCUGCCGCUGUGGGAGGACUGGGGGGUGGAGGGGGGUCUAUGUACAGUGAUGUCAGCACUGGUUUGACUUGGAGGUCUGGCACUGCCAGCUCGGUUUCCUACCCCAAACAAAUGCCUUUGUCCCAGGUGUAAAAUCUGGAAUUGGAACGGAGGAAUGCCGCCCAUCUCUUCUUAAGAAGAAACUUCCCUAUAGGAGCAGGACAGUUCCAGAGGCCCAAGGGCCAGCCUAUUGUCCUCUUCCUCCAUUCCUUGUUAGUCAAUUCUUCCCAUGCUGAAGCUGCAUGUUUCUGUGUUGUUGGUAUAGGAAUUUUCUGAAGACAAGGAUUGCCUUACUUUGCCUUCAGCCAGCACAAGCCCUUUUUGCCCAGUAGGACUUCUCUGCUCUUUCUCCAUCCCUCAAACUCUUGAUACAAUG